AUGUCUAUCAUCGCCCCCUCUGCUCCGCAUGUAGGGCCUGGGUCCCUCUCUCGCCACAGCAGCAGCGGCAGCGACAGUGCGGCCCAUGUGCUCGCCACCAUCGUCGACAUGGACCCGUCGACGGCGCUGCCAGCGCAGCUCUCGCUCAAGGGUCUCUUGCACAGCGAAAACGUGCAGCUUAUCCAAGAGAACCUAGCCGUCCUCGCCCGGUUCGCCGACCAUUUACCGCGCGAGUUGGACGCCGCGGCCCCGCGUGUCACAAACGACGAGCUUUUGAUUAUGGGCAAUUUGGUGCGCGACAUCUCGAAUAGUCUGGAAAAGAUUGAGUCGCUGCGCGAGGACGAGGUCCAGGUGCUGCCGUACGUGGCCGACAAGUACGUGCCAGUGCGGCCUGUCUCGUCUGUCGCCCGGAGACGACGCAAAGAGGAAAAGAAGCUGCAAACGGCACAGAAAUGUCACAACUGUAAUCGCCUCGACACGCCGCAGUGGCGAGCUGGCCCCGACGGCCCGCGCACGCUCUGCAAUGUCUGCGGUUUGGUGUACACAAAACGCCAGCGACGACAGGCCGAGCAAAUGAUGCGCCCUCUGAGACGAUUAACGACGCUUAAAUAG